AUGGUAGGAUCGGAUCACCGACCGAUCCUGGCAACCAUAGAUAAUAAGAUCCCUAAAGCGCGGCGGCAAUUCCGAUUUGAUAAACGAUGGAUUGGACAAGAUGGAUUUUCGGAGGCGAUUAAACGAGGUUGGUUGGAGAAUCAAACAAAUGCGGAAUCAAAUGUAGUGGAUAUGAUCCGUAAAUGCCGUCAUGAAAUUUCUCGAUGGCGGCACGAAAAUAAACCAUAUGGAAAGGAAAAAAUAGCGGAACUACAGAAAGCUCUUGAAGAAAUUCAAAAUGAUGAUCUUCGAACCCAGGAAGAUCUGGAUGAAAUCACACAAAAAUUGAAGGAAGCUUACCGAGAUGAGGAACAAUACUGGAAGCAAAAAAGCCGUAAUCUCUGGCUUAAGGAUGGGGAUUUAAAUACAAAAUUUUAUCAUGCAACCACGAAACAGAGAAGAGCGAUAAACAGGAUGGUCGGUUUACAUGAUAAGACGGAUAACUGGGUUACCGGGGAAAAAGAGAUGGAAAAGGUGGCGGUUGAUUAUUUCUCGGAUUUAUUUACGACUACUUCCCCAGAUGAUUUCACGGACAUACUUGAAGGUAUUCCAGCGGUGAUCACGGAAACCGAUAAUGCACUGCUAAUGCGCCCAGCGUCGGAAGAGGAAGUGCGGGCGGCUCUGUUUCUGAUGAACCCGGAGAAAGCUCCCGGACCGGACGGGAUGACGGCCUUAUUUUUUCAAAAAUCAUGGCCGUUAAUAAAAACGGAUAUUUUGGGGCUUAUUAAUGAUUUCUUGAUAACGGGAGCCUUUGAUGACAGAUUAAAUUUGACGAACAUCUGCUUAAUCCCAAAGACAGAGCGUCCUACCCGGAUGACGGAACUGCGCCCAAUUAGUCUAUGUAAUGUGGGCUAUAAAAUUAUCUCUAAAGUAUUAUGUGAGAGGUUGAAAACGGUACUAUCCCAGCUAAUUUCGGAGACCCAGUCAGCUUUUGUCCCAGGGAGACUGAUCUCGGACAAUAUUCUGAUAGCACAAGAAAUGUUUCAUGGCCUAAGGACAAACAAGUCUUGUAAGGGAAAGUAUAUGGCGGUAAAAACUGAUAUGAGCAAAGCGUAUGAUCGAGUUGAGUGGCAAUUUGUUGAAGCCACAAUGCGGAAGAUGGGAUUCGGAGAACGAUGGAUCGGGUGGAUCAUGAAAUGCAUAAAGUCGGUUGUGUAUAAAGUACUCAUCAACGGGCAACCACGGGGAAAAAUAACUCCGAAUAGGGGCCUACGUCAGGGAGAUCCUUUAUCUCCCUACAUCUUUAUUCUCUGUACAGAAGUUUUGAUAUCAAAUCUUAAACGGGCAGAAUCUGUUAAAUCUCUAACGGGUCUGAAGGUGGCUCGUGCAAGCCCACCAGUAUCACAUUUACUAUUUGCGGAUGAUAGCUUAUUUUUUUGCAAGGCAUCGGUUGAGGAGAGUGCAGUUUUACUACAAAUUCUUCAGAACUACGAACGGGCAUCAGGCCAAAAAAUAAAUUUUGAUAAAUCAUCUAUCCAAUUUGGCCAUACGGUGGAGACAACGGUACGUGCGGAGAUUCAUCAGAUGUUAGGUAUACAUAAGGUCGGGGGAGUUGGUAACUAUUUAGGUGUCCCAGAGAGCUUGGGGGGUGCCAAAACAAAGAUUUUUAGUUUCUUGAUCGAUAGACAGCAGAAGCGGAUAAACGGCUGGACAUCUAAGGUUCUAUCUAAAGGGGGAAAAGAAGUAAUGGUCAAGUCUGUACUUUCGGCGAUGCCGACACAUGUCAUGUCAUGUUUUAGAUUACCAAAGGGAGUAACAAAUAAACUAACAAGUGCGGUAGCAAAUUUUUGGUGGAGCACAAAUUCCCAAACACGGGGUAUGCAUUGGCUCGCGUGGCGGAAGCUGUGUCGACAUAAAACUGACGGGGGACUGGGAUUUAGGGUAAUAGAAGAUUUUAACACAGCGCUACUCGCAAAACAGUUAUGGCGCCUAAUGGAUAACCCGGAUUCCCUGUUUGCUAAAGUUUUCAAGGGGAGAUAUUUUCGGAACUCAACCCCCUUGGACCCAAUUCGCUCUUACUCUCCAUCUUAUGGAUGGCAGAGUAUCGUUUCAGCUCGACCUCUGGUAUGCAAAGGACUUAUUAAAAGAGUUGGUUCAGGUUCAUCUAUAUCUGUAUGGUAUGACCCCUGGAUUUCCGAUUCUUGCCCGAGGCCAGCUAUCUGUAAAGGAAUUAAUUACUACCCACACCUCACGGUGAAUCAGUUAAUUAAUUCCCAGACCUCAACGUGGAAUCGACCACUAUUGCAACAAUUUUUUGAGAGUGAGGAAAUCACUCGCAUUACGGGUAUACCAGUGGCUACUGGAUAUAAACCCGAUACCUGGGGCUGGUUUUAUACAACAACGGGUCGGUAUACGGUUAAAUCGGGAUAUACUGUGCUACAGGAGCUUUCGAUGAGGGGACACUACCAGUCUUUGGACCGGACACUCGGAGAUUGCAAGCGCAAUCCUGGAAGUCGGGGAAUGCGUGUGGACCCACUGUGCGUGAGAUGUGGUAUGGGAGAUGAGACUAUCAAUCAUAUGCUCUUUGAGUGUCCCCCGGCCCGACAGGCCUGGGCACUCUCUCCCAUACCUACGCCUCCCCAGUUUUUUCCUACGGGAGCACUGUACUCAAAUAUGGCACAUCUAUUCUGGAACCUCCCAGACAAUGAUGACAUGUUGAUGUAUCCAUGGUUACUCUGGUUUAUUUGGAAAGCUCGUAAUUACAAAGUUUUCUCAAAUGAUGAUCAAAAUCCGCAGGAAGUAAUGGAAUCUGCGAUAACGGAAUCCCGGGCAUGGGUAGCAGCACAAACGGUAGCAGACGGAGUAUCCAAUAGUAUCUCCAUCAACUCCGGCCACGUCCCACCGGGAGAGUGGUGUCAGAUUGAUGGAGCGUGGAAAGUGACAGACAGUCGGGCUGGACUUGGAUGGUACAAUUUUGACCCGGAUUCGGGCUCUGUCCUGAUGGGGUCUAGCAACCUACGGCGGGGUUUAUCUCCUCUUCAAACAGAAUUGGAGGCAUUGGUUUGGGCUAUGCAAAGUAUGCUAGUCCAUAACAAACGACGGAUGAAUUUCCAAACAGAUAGCGCUCAGUUGGUGAAGAUGGUGUCCAAACCUGCCGAGUGGCCAGCUUUUGCGAUCUUGCUUGAAGAAGUGGAGCAUUGUAGAGGGAUGUUCCAGGCGUUCUCCCUCACAUACAUUCCCAGAACGAAGAACACAAGGGCAGACAAGCUAGCACGGAGUGCUCGAGCUCAGCCCCAUGAUGUGUAUUACAUAAACUCAGUUCCCCCGAUUCCGCUUCCCGGACCGGUAUAG